AUGGCGCCGGCACCAGACCAACUCUCCUCACCUGGUUCUGUCAGCUAUGACUCCGAUACCAUGGUGGUGGGAGAUGGAACGUGGGAUUUCACCAAGAACACGUUCCUUCUCCCCAACUUGCAAGGGACCGAUUUUGACACAAUGAGAUACAAUGGAAUGGGAAAUCGCUUCUCCACCGUUCACCAAUACCAUACCAUUAUUCUGGCUCACGGCAUUAUGGCUGCCAUGGUCUUUCUGUUCCUGGUACCCCUGUCUUUGAUGCUUGCGAGAUUCUACACGAGAGAACCGGCUCAUGCGAUGCGAUACCAUGCGCGGCUGGGCGUUUUCUCCGGCUUACUUCUGGUAGCAGCAUUCAUAUUACCCUUCUUCGCAGUUGGACCAAAUCGAUCGCUAUCAAACCCGCACCAUGGAAUUGGAGUUGCCAUCUUCGUCAUGUUCGUUGUUCAGCUUGUGGGGGGUCGAUUGAUUCAGCAUAUUAUGAAGAGUCGUUCUCUUCGCGUAACGCUUCAUAAUUGGUUAGGCAGAGCUGCAGCCCUCCUCGGAAUUAUUCAGGUGCCCCUCGGACUUACCCUCUACGGAUCGCCAAAGGUUCUCUUCAUCUUAUACGCGGUUUGGAUGGGCUUCCUCCUUGCAGUCUAUUUUGUCCUCGACUACCGGGCCGAGGGACGCCAUGAGCGAUACAUUCCAGCGGGGCGCUCUGAAGCGGGCAACACUCGCAUCACGGAAUCCGAAUACUAUUCUGAACCCAGGGAGCACGAGAAUUCUCCCCUGAAAUGGCUGGGACCCUUGGCGGCUGGCGCUGGACUAUUUGCUUUGAUGAGAGGACGCAAGAAAGAGCAUGAUGACGACCGCAGCCGAGCCCGCACACGGUCACCAUCCAUAAGUAGAAGUCGUGGACCGACGGUAAUCUCAUCACGGCCAAGCUACUUCUCCGAAAAGUACUCUGAUCUUCCGGCACAACGAAGUGGUGGAGGAGGUUUCUUCGGCAAGGCACUGGGCGGCGCGGCUGCUGCUUUUGGGGCUGGAAAGGUCUUUUCUAACUUUAUGGAUCGUCGUGACCGGCGAGAUGAAGAGUACUCUGCUGUAUCAACUGAAACUCCUCAUCGCAACAGGUCUGUACGCGCUGCCACAGUAAGCGAAUUCAACAGCGAGUAUACUGAUGAUGUGUCAACCAUUCCUCCAUCUCGUCAUCCUGCUCCCACUCAGACUGCUUCCGCAUAUGGAGGUCGAAGCUCAUCUCCACGACGCUCCCACGUUCGCAGCAACAUUUCGAGAGGAGAUAUGAUGGAUGAAUCGGAAUACUCGUCCUACGUUUCUCCGUCACGACGACCGCGUGAUGAGCCCUCUGGAGGCGGCGGUUUUGCCAAGGGAGUGCUUGCUACUUUGGGAGUUGGAUGGUUCGCCAAGAAGUUUGCCGACAGACGUGCCCGAAAGGAAGAAGAGGAUCGACUGAGGGAGGAAGAGGAGAUGCGGUCCGGCACUCAGUUCUCCUCCAGGUACAGCAACACCAACACCGAAUAUACAUCUCCAAUCCGAAGGGACUCUCGUCGUCCACCUCAAAGGCGCAGCACCGUGACAGGAACCGAGUACUCAGAUGGAACGGAGUCUACGUUUGACACCCAAACCGAGCUUUCCACCAUGCCUCCAAAGGGACCGCGGAAUACGGCUGCUGGAGUACGACCCAGCACCUCUGCGUUGAUCUCUGAUGAAAUGUCGUCGCCACCGAGGCGGGGCGAGCGUCUGUCCAUGCCUACCAUGCCUAGUGAUCCCCAUGGCAUAUUACACCGUUCUGAAGUUGAAUCCGAUGUGACUUCGCUUGCCGACCGACCUCAGGGGCGCCAUUCUUCAAGACGGCAAAUGGACAGCGAGAGAGCCGCGGCCGAAGCGGCUGCCCGUGCUAGCAGCCUGGCAGCCAGGGAACAGCGAGGACGUGGCGGAUCAAGCCAGACGAGUGGGCCCGCAAGACCGCGUGACGACAAGGAACAUGUCAGACUGCGAAAGGUUACUGAGGAGGAGACUUUGGCACAGACUAGCCGGGGCCGAAGAGAUUCUCAAUCAAGCCUCUCGGCGCUCGAGUCUCCUACCAAGAAUCGACGGUACCGCAGAGACGACAGCAAGAGGAGGGCAGAAUCGGCGGCUGAAAGCCGAGUCGAGAGCAGCAGGGUCGGCAGCAGCCGAGUCCAAGAUGAAGCCAGCCGCCUAGGGCCACUGAGUCCGCCGAACCCAUCACUCGCCAAGGGCAGACGUGGUAGGGAUUCAGGUUAUAACUCGGGUCAGCCUCCUGCCCAGCAGUCCGGCCAACCUGGACCUUCAUUCUUACAACCACCCGGCCAGCAUCUACCAAAUCCUUCAAUCACCAGUGUUGGCAGCCAUGGUACUUGGAGUGGCAUGGAAAGCGAAGUGCCGACCGAGGUCCCAACCGCACCGCAGAAUCCGCCACGUAGCACGCCACAUCAGCCGCCGCCAGCUGACGACAAGGGCAACGAGUCUGCUGCAGACAAUAGGAGAAGGCGACGUGCGGAGCGACGACGGGCCAGCGGUAGUCGCCCCUCCGGAACGGAGAAUACGUACGAUACUAGCACGUACGAUGAGAAUGACAUGUUCUAG